CCACAACAGAAACACGUGCGGCUAGAGCGCGUGACGUCAGACGCACGCACUCCGGGUUACGAAAAAGAGUUAUGAAAGUUGUUACCGAGUCACACACCCUGCAGAUUCAGAGCUCAAAUCCAAACGGAGGCAGAGGAAUCAUGCUGGGAUCAGUGGUUGUAGGAAUAGGCAUCGCAGGAAGUGUGCGGAUGAGAGAUUUACUCGCUCCUCUGCCGUCCAGCGCUGCUGAGAAGUUCAGCAUCAAGGGCUUUGUGUCCAGGAGGAGUCUUGAAGAUCAGCAGGGUGUGAAGCAGAUCUCCAUGACGGAGGCGUUGAGCAGAGAUGACAUCCAUGUAGCGUUCAUAUGCACGGAGAACACCAGCCACGAAGAGCACAUCAGGCAGUUUCUGGAGGCGGGAAAGCAUGUGUGUGUUGAGUAUCCUGUAACCCUCAGCUACACGUCUGCCGUGGAUCUGUGGAAUCUGGCUCAGCAGAAGGGCCUGGUGCUGCAUGAAGAACAUAUUGAACUCCUCACUCCUGACUUUAAACAGCUGAAAAAAGACAUAGCUGGGAAAACUCUGGAGGAGGGAACGCUGCGUUUCACCGGUGGGUCCAUGAAGCCAAAUUUUGGGUUCCUGUCUUUCAGCGGUAUUUCCAGACUGACCUGGUUGGUUGAUCUUUUCGGGGAGCUCACGGUUACCGCAGCAUCUCUGGUGGAGGAGAAAGAGAACAAAUACAUGAAGAUGACGGCACACUUACUGACCCCACAGCAGAAGCCUCUGACUUGGAUUGAAGAGCGGGGUCCAGGACUGGGCAGAGCCAAACACAUAGACCUUCGCUUCCAGGACGCCAGCAUCACGGAGCUUCCUGCAGGUCAGCGGGAGCCGGUCGGGCUGUUCAUGCAGGAUCUGGUGCUGUUCAGCCGGAAGCUGCAGGGUGACGUGUCUGCCGCGGAGCUCCAGGACGAGAGGAGCAGGAUCUUACACUGUCUGCAGCUGGCGGACCGCAUCCAGCAGCUCAGUGAACACACUCAGGCCUGAAGCUGAACCUCUCCACACUGCAUCUUCUCUAAAGAUGAAGAAGGGAGUCAUUUAGCCCACUGUGGGCAUGAGUGCAGUCUUUCCCUGUGUGGAAUAGUGGAAAGUAGACUGUGGUGUAAAGACGGAUGUCUAGAGUGGAAAGUAAUAUUAAAAUAAUUACAUUUUGAAUUGUUUAACAAUGAAAAUCUGUUUGCUGAUCAAUUCAAGGGAAUUGUGACUUUUUAUUUAGCAAUUUAGAUUAGUUUAUGCUUUUAUACAAUUCUGUAUGUACAUCUCACAAUUCUGAGUCAAAGGAACCUUUGGUAAAAAAAAAAAAAAAUGUGUAUGUAUAUAUAUAUAUAUAAUGUAUGUGUAUGUGUAUGUGUAUAUAUAUAUAUAUUUUAUCCCAUGUAUAAACAAGUUUCCAUUCUUUUUAAGCUAUAAAGAGGAAGAAAAACAACCAUGAGAGUAUGAUUUAUGUGUUCUAUUCCUCACAAAAAAGGACUAGAUUUAUCAUACUCUUUAUGUCCUUUUUUGACCUUGACAGAUGUUUGAGAUGAAAUUAUUUUUUUUGUCUUGAAAACUGCAGUGAUUACAUCAGCAUAAAGUUUCAAGUUUUUAAUUUGUUAAUGUAAUUAAUAGUUCUGUGUAUAUGUGGACCACAUCAGGAUGUACAGGAACAGCUCAGUCCUUUAUUAUAUUUUCUAAACUAUGUAAUGUAACAUGGCUAAUUUAUUAUUCGACAAAAAGGGGUGAUUUCUGCUGACAACUUUUUUACAGUUUUGUAGAUAAGUUGGUAUUUAGUAUGUGAGUUGUGCUUUAGUGCAGCACAUUUGCACCAAAUUUCAGAAGCCUGUUACAGACAAAUGAACCUCCAGAGCACUGUAAAAUAUUUAUGGACUGUUGUUCGGUUUUAUUCAUCAUGUCAUUAACAUAUUAACAUUAAGUUACUCUGUUGACAUUUGAUAUUUCUGUGAAAACUGGAUGAGCUCUGUAAGUGUUCAUACAUGCUUUGAUUUUCUUAUCAUUCGUGCUGUGGUGUCACUGUCAUUCUUUCCUAUCUGUGUUCUCUCUGGGAAAGCACUGAAAGAAGCAAAUUAAAAUGCACAUAUCAUUGUCUGGGAAGCAUACAGAGAGGGAAAGAAAUGUUUCGUGUCUAACUAAUAUGCAGUGUUUACAUUUGUCUUCAUGUAUACAUAUUUGUGUUUUCAGUUAAUAAACAAAUUGUGUCUGCUU